UCGGUGCCGGGAGGAGGCGGGCCGGUGCCGCGGGGGGCGGGCGCUGCCCGCGCUGAGCGCAGCCGGCGGGCGAUGCGCUUCCUCCGCUGAGCGCAGCGCGGCCGAGCCCGAGCCGGCAGGAUGACGGUGGAGUUCGAGGAGUGCAUCAAGGACUCGCCCCGGUUCCGGGCAACCAUCGAUGAGGUGGAAACGGAUGUGGUGGAGAUCGAGGCCAAGCUCGACAAGCUGGUGAAGCUGUGCAGUGGCAUGCUGGAGGCUGGCAAGGUUUACAUCACCACCAACAAACAUUUCGUCAGCGGCGUGAGGGACCUGUCCCAGCAGUGCAGGAAGGACCAGAUGAUCUCGGAGUGCCUGGAUAAAUUUGGGGACAGCCUACAGGAAAUGAUCAAUUACCACAUGAUCCUGUUUGACCAGGCCCAGAGGUCGGUCCGGCAGCAGCUGCACAAUUUUGUCAAAGAUGACGUGAGGAAGUUCAAGGAGACCAAGAAGCAGUUUGACAAGGUGCGAGAGGACAUGGAGAUCUCUCUGGUGAAGAACGCGCAGGCGCCGCGGCACAAACCGCACGAGGUGGAGGAGGCCACGGGCACGCUGAGCAUCACCAGGAAAUGCUUCAGGCACCUGGCCCUGGACUACGUGCUGCAGAUCAACGUGCUGCAGGCCAAGAAGAAAUUUGAGAUCCUGGACGCGAUGUUGUCCUUCAUGCACGCGCAGUUCACCUUCUUCCAGCAGGGCUACAGCCUCCUGCACGAGCUCGACCCCUACAUGAAGAAAUUGGCCACCGAGCUGGACCAGCUGGUGAUCGACUCAGCCGUGGAGAAGAGGGAGAUGGAGCACAAGCACGCCCUGAUCCAGCAGAGGACCCUCCUGCAGGAUUUCUCCUAUGAUGACUCCAAGGUGGAAUUCAACGUGGAUGCCCCCAACGGGGUGGUGAUGGAGGGGUACCUGUUCAAGAGAGCCAGCAAUGCCUUCAAAACCUGGAACAGGAGAUGGUUUUCCAUCCAGAACAGCCAGCUGGUCUACCAGAAGAAGCUAAAGGACGUGCUGACCGUGGUGGUGGAGGACCUGAGGCUCUGCACGGUCAAGCCCUGCGAGGACAUCGAGAGGAGGUUCUGCUUCGAGGUCGUGUCCCCCACCAAGAGCUGCAUGCUGCAGGCUGACUCGGAGAAGCUGCGCCAGGCCUGGAUCCAGGCUGUGCAAGCCAGCAUCGCCUCCGCCUACCGCGAGAGCCCCGACUGCUUCUACAUCGAGAGGCUGGACAGAACAGCCUCCCCCUCCACCAGCAGCAUCGACUCAGCCACGGAUUCGCGGGAGCGGGGCGGGAAGGGGGAGCCGAUCCUGCAGAGGGUGCAGAGCAUCCCUGGGAACGAGCAGUGCUGUGACUGUGGGCAGCCAGAUCCCCGCUGGGCCAGCAUCAACCUGGGCAUCCUGCUCUGCAUCGAGUGCUCCGGCAUCCACAGGAGCCUGGGUGUUCACUGCUCCAAGGUCCGAUCCCUCACGCUGGAUUCCUGGGAGCCAGAGCUGCUGAAACUGAUGUGUGAGCUGGGCAACAGCACCAUGAACCAGAUUUACGAGGCGCAGUGUGAGGAGCUGGGGCUGAAGAAACCAACAGCAGGGAGCUCCAGGCAGGACAAGGAGGCCUGGAUCAAGGUGAAGUACGUGGAGAAGAAGUUCCUGAAGAAGCUGCCGGGCGGGGAGACGCUGGCUGAGGCCGAGGCCGAGCCCAAGCGGCGCCGCUGGUGCGUCAAGAAGUGCCAGAGGCACAGCAGCGGCUCCCGGGCGCCCGCGGCGCGCAGGAAAUACCGGCAGGAACCAGGGAACCCCUGCCCCGCCAUGCUGGCCUCAGCAGCCACCCUGGAGAGGAAAUUCCGCCGGGAUUCUCUGUUCUGCCCCGACGAGCUCGACUCUCUCUUCUCCUACUUCGACACCGGUGCCGGCUCCGGCCCUCGCAGUCUGAGCAGUGACAGUGGCCUGGGCGGGAGCACCGACGGCAGCGGCGACGCGCUCGUGUUCGGCUCCGUGGUGGACAGCGUCACCGAGGAAGAGUGCGAGGUGUCGGAUGACUCCAGCGGGGAGGCGGAGCUGGAGCAGGAGGUGUCGGACCUGGAGGAGGUUCGGGAGGUGCCGGCGGGGCUGGUUCUGUCCCGGGCCGCCCAGAGCCGGAACCUGCCCCUGCUGGCCGCUGCCCUGGCCCACGGAGCCGAUGUCAACUGGGCCAACGAGGAGGACGAGGGCAAAACCCCCCUGAUGCAGGCUGUCAGCGGGGGCUCCCUGCUGGCCUGUGAGUUCCUGCUGCAGAACGGGGCCGAUGUGAACCAGCGGGACGCGCGGGGCCGGGCGCCGCUGCACCACGCCACCUACCUGGGGCACACCGGGCAGGUGUGCCUGUUCCUGAAGCGUGGGGCCACCCAGGACACCCCGGACGGGGACGGGCAGGACCCGCUGAGCAUCGCGGUGAGCGCGGCCAACGCCGACAUCGUCACCCUGCUGCGGCUGGCGCGCAUGAACGAGGAGAUGCGGGAGGCAGAGGGGCCCCUGGGGCAGCCCGGCCAGUACCCCAGCAACAGCCCCACGGAGCUGCAGUACAGGAAAUGCAUCCAGGAGUUCAUCAGCCUCAACAUCGACGAGUGUUAGGGACAGCCCGGUGCCCUCGGCCGGCCCGGAGCCGGGCGGGGUCCCCGCGAGCCCCACCCUUGGAUAUUCGGUGUUUUCCCUGCUGGUUGGUCUGGUUGUGAUGCCUGCACACCCCGAGGGUUGAGCUGCCCUCAGGGGGUUUUUCCUUGUGGGGUUUGAGUUCUCAUGCUUGACUACUGGAUGGCUGAUUUUUUUUUUUUUUUUUUUUUUUUUUUUGGAGGGUGUUUUUGGAGUAGGAGCCUCCCCAGGGUAUGACCAUGGAGUGUGUUGUAAGUGUGGGACAUGAGCUUAGAGGUUAAAAAACAACAAAAAAAGGAAAAAAAUUUCAAAAAGAGAAGAAAAGGAAAAACUUUUUGUGACCAGGGGAGAGCCACCAACACCAGGAGCAGACACAGCUCUCCCUGAAGAACUAGCUUGGAAUUCUGGCAGGGAUGGUGGCUGGAGCCUGCUCUGCCCUGGGAGGGCCCCGAGGUGCCCUCCAGGCUGGAUUUGGGGCAGGGAUGCUCCGGAGGCCCAGCCGGAUCAGGAUUGGGAUCUGGAUCAGGAUUCAGGAUCUCCAGCUCCUCACCCAUCGCUGCUCUCAGGACUGAACCGGCCACGCUCCCCUCGACUGCUGCCCUGGCUGCUGGCUGCCCAAAGCCAUAGCUGCCCUGCUUCACCCCCUGCAAUUCCCAGAAGGAUUCCCAUCCUGCGGGAUUCCUGGAAGGAUUCCCAUCCCACUGGAAUACCCAGAAGGGUUCCAGCCCCACUGGAAUUCCUGGAAGCAGCAGCACUGAUCCCUGUCGCUGGCGAUGGGCUCGGGGCAGGGAGGGGAACAAGCUCCAGCUGCUCGGUGCAAUUUCACAGAAUCACAGAAUCCCAGAUCCCAUUGUCCCAGAAUCCCCAGGCUGGGAGUCACCCUCAAGACCACGGAGCCCACCCUACACCCCAACCAAACCACUUCUAAUCCCAAUCUUCUUCCAAUCCCACCCAGGGAUGGGGAAUUUGCCUCCUCUGGGUUCCCUGCAGGUCUCCAUGGGGGAAAUUCCACCUGCAGGAAUCCCCCCUGUGCUACCCCAUGUGCUGGGGCAGCUCAGCAGCUUUGGAGCUCCCCAGCUCUGAGGAGCAGCAGAAUUUUUGUGGUUUUCUCCUUUUUUUUCCUCUCUCAGCUGCAGUUAGGGAGCGUGGCUCUCCUCGGAGCACUUUGCUGCUGUCUCACCCUGUCCUGGGAGGGUUUAUGGGGCUCAGGGGGCUCUGUAGUCCUGGCUGGAGCUUGGAGACUUUCCCAAUGUUCCCAGCUGCAGCUGGCACCAGGGUUUGUCAGGAUUUGCGGGCAGGAUUUGGGGUCAGGUUCUGUCAGGAUUUUGGAUCCCUGUCCUGGCUGCUCCUGGCACAGUUGGGAUGGGGCUGGGAGCUGAUCCUGCUCCCGAACCCACCCGAAACCCCGGCCUGGCUCCAGCAGGACACCCCAGAUCCCUGAGGAGCCCCCGGAGCCCAAACCCCGCUGGGUCCCAGCCUGGGGCUGGCCCAUCCCAGGAAUUCCCUCCCCAUUGGUGCUGCCCCCAGCCCUGGGGCAGCGCUUGGUGCUGAUUCCCCCUCGAGCCGUGCAAACCCUUCAGGGUCCUUCAGAGCUCUCGGGAGGAAAGAGAAUUCUCACGUUUGGGAGUGGAGGAGAAUUGUCAUCAUUUGAGAAAAAAUAAUUUCUUCAUUCUUGAUAGUGGAAGAGAGUUUUCACCAUUUGAGAGCAAAGGAGAAUUUUCACAUUUAAGAAAAAAGGAGAAUUUCACAUUUGAGAGUGGAGAAUAUUCCUCAUUUGAGAGCAAAAGAGAAUUUUCACCAUUUGAGAGUGGAGGGGAAUUUCUUCCCUCUUGAGAACAAAGGAGAAUUUUCAUAUUUGAGAGUGAAGAAUUUUCACAUUUGAGAAAAAAGGAGAAUUUUCACCAUUUGAGAGUUGAGAAUUUUCCCCAUUUGACAGCAAAGGAGAAUUUCUUCACUCUUGAGAGCAAAGAAGAAUUUCCACCAUUUUUCACCACUUUUCAAUUUUCACCAGGACAAUUUCACACUCUGCUCUGCUCGUGGAUUUCAGCACGGCCAUAAUUUGAAUUAUUUGAAUUUUUUAACCUGUACAGCAACUCCAAACUGAUUUUCAACCCCCCCCCUGCUUUUCCCAGCUUUUUUAGGAGGAGUUCAAAACCCGACUGAUCCUUUUGAGAACCGAGGAAAAACCACAGCUUCCAUUUUUGGGUCAUUUUAUUUCACUUUUUCUGGGAAUUCUGGCCACAAAUCCUGGCCAGGCUGCACCCUGGAAGCUCAGACUCACUGCUGAAGUACAUGAAGUUGGAAAAAAAAUGUAAAUACCGAUGCAAAAGGCAGCAUCUUGCAAGACAAUGGAUUUAUUUAACAUUGUAUUGGUACUUUAAAUAUUUAGAUUCAAUGUAUAAAAGCAACUUGGUGCACUUUUCCUACCUGACAGUAUUUUGGGGGGUUUUAUGUUCUUUUGUUAUGGGUUUUGUGCUGUCUUUUUUAAUCAGUGGAAUUGUUUAAGUAUUUAAUUUAUUCUUAUUAAUGAUGUGCCCAGAGGACUAGUGCAAUUUUUAUUCAAUACAGUUGGUCUGUAUUUAAUGUCAGGAUUUUUUCCGUAGCGUUUUUAGGGAAUAUUUUUCCAAAAUUGCCUCUUUUUUUUUUCCCCUCAUCCCAAUUUUCCUCCCUUCCCCCCCUUUUUCCCUUUCUGUUUCCAUCACGGAUUCAAAGCCUCAAAAUUUGAGAUAAACCAAACACCCUGCAGUCCCCAAACCAAAACUUUCUCCAGGAAAAACACGUUAAGGAUGCACUUCUCCCUGUUUCCUGUGUUUCUUGGACUUUUAUGUCUCCUUGGGGGGGUUCUGGUGGGGUGUGGGCUCCAAAUUUUGGAGGGGAGAGUGGGGAAGGCUCGCAGAAAAUUCAAUUUCAAUUUUCAAAUUGAAAUUUAAGCAUUUCCAGGCUCUGAGGGGGAUGAAAAAAUGAACAUUUUGUUGUUUUUUUCCUGCCUGAAAUGCAGCUGGAUUUGUGUUGUACCAUCCUGGUUGGAAGAUUUUGAUGCCCUAAAUUAGAUUAUCUUUUUUUAUUAUUAUUUUAUUUUUUAUUUUUCCAAGGGGGUGUGAGUGUUUUCUCUUGGAUUUAACCACAUUUAACAGGAGGAAUUUAAAAGUUAAAACCCCUCACCCAGGAUCCUCCAUCCUUGGGACUUUUUGGGAUCUGGGGGAAUUUUUCUCUAUUUAACCCAAGUGCCUGGACUUGGAACCAGUCUGGGUUUGGAUCUCUGAUUCCAGAGAUCUGGGACUUUCAAUAUUCCAGGGUUUUUUCAGGUUAUUCCAGCCUUGCUGCCUCUGAGCUGGGAAAUUUCUUGGAGUAUUUUAAAGGAAAAAAUUAAAAAAAAUAAUGGGAUUGGAAGAUUUGAUGCCUUUAACCAAAAAUCCAGGUGUGAGAAGCUGAGCUGGGCCAGGCAUCAAAUGCAAUUGUUUGUUGGAAAAUACCUCUGAGAUCAUCAAAUUAAUUAAUUGAUCAUUAAUUAAUCAUCCUGUAGCUUCCAGGAGAGAACUGGAGGGAGGAUUUUGGGAUUGAGAGAUCAGGAACAUCAAAAAUAUCAGGAAAUACCAAAAUGAGGAUCAGGAACAGCAGAAAAUUUGUGAUUUGUGCAAAAAAACCCCAGGAGCUGCUCAGGGAAUGCACAGAAUUCCUGCCAUGGGUGGAAAAAUGGAAUUUUUAAGUUUCCCAGCAAUUCCUGGGUUAGGUUUUGGAGUUUCUUGGCAAUUCCUGGGUUGAGAUUUUGAGUUCCUCACCAAUUGCUGGUUUGGAUUUUUGGGUUCCUCGGCAGUUCCUGGUUGGAAUUUUGGAGUCCUGGGGUUCCUCAGCAAUUCCUGCUGCUGUCCCUGCCCCUGUGUCCCUCUCAGAGCCAGCAGGGGCCGGGAGGUGACACCGGUGACGGAGCUGGUGACAGCCCUGGGGACGGAGGCGCUGAGGGACAGAAUGGCUUUGGGGAGGUUCCAGGAUGGGUGGGAUGUCCCCAUUUCCACAGGAACGGGGCUCACUUGGCAAUGGGCUCCUCAAGCCGGGCUGGGCUGUGCCUGGAGUUCCCGCUGGGAAUGGGGCUGGGGACACCAGCACGGAGGGGCUUGGCUGGAGAUGCUGCUGUCCCCAGAGGUGGCACCUGGGGACACCACGGGGACAGGGAGAGAUCCCUGGGCCAGGCCAGAGGGGUUUGGCCAGGCCAGAAGCCUUAUUUGGUUAUAUUAGAGGGGUGUUUUGGCCAUCUCAGACAUUUUUGUGGCCAUCUCAGAGGGUUUUGGCCACCUCAGAUGUUUUUUGGUCAGUUCAGAGGGUUUCUGAACAGCUCAGAGGGGUUUUUGGCCAUCUCAGACAUUUUUUUGGCUAUCUCACAGGGGUUUUUGCCAUCUCAGAGGUUUCUGGCCAGCCCAAGGCUAUGCCCUCGCUGUAAAUAAAAUUAAACUCCCACCCCUGCUCUCCUCCCUCCCCGCUCUCUUUGCACCAGGAUUUUUUAACCCUUUCCCCCCCCUGCACCUCUGGAAAUUCAGAUUUUCUCUCUGUAAUCACCUUUGUACAAUUCCAAAGCUCUUUCUUGUGCUCUCUGCCAUUUUCCCCUCUCCUUUCUCUGGUCUCUUGAAGCACUCUUAAUAAAAAUCUGGAUAAAAACUC